AUGUCUGCCGAUAUUCCUCAAGGCGACGUCAUGGACAAUGACUACAAGUCACGUCCCGGUCAAAGCCACAUCCCAGUCCAGGGUGACGAAAAGCCAGUCGAAGAUCCAAUCGACCCUGCGACUGCCGACAGUGAUGAGCAGCUUGCUAAGGACGAAGAUGAGGCCAUUGACAAGAGCAAUAUUAUUGGGGAACGUACUCGCGGCGCAAAGCCAGCUGGUAGCUACAGUGAGCCUGGUGAUGAGGAGGGUCUUCCAGGUCCAGAUGAUGGUACCAGUGCGGUUGCUAAGAGCGGUUCUUGA